CCUUGCCUCUCCAAGCCUGUUUCCCUCUCUUUCCCAGUUACUACUUGGGACUUUUUGCAAGGUCUAUGGUGGCACAAGAAGUGUUCGGAAACCUGGUAGCUGAAUUUAAGCAGAGGGGAGGCUUUUCCGCACGUACAGCUACAGGGCGGCGAGAGCAGGCUUGCCAGGCAACCCUCGAAAGGCCUUCCGGGAAGAGGGGGAAGAGUGACGCUUGGGUGUGGGGGCACAUACCCAGCAACCGGACGAGGCCGCCACCCCCAAGGCCCUCCUGGGCUUCGGAUCCCGCGCCAACCCCUCGCCCAGGUCUCGGGGCGAACUCUCCGCGCCAGGCGGGUGGGGCGAAGGGAGGAGGGAGUUGAGAGUGGACGGCCGGGAGGGGGAGGAAAAGCGCAGAAGCCAGGAACGUCCCGGGAGUGAGGAGAGGAGAGCGCGGGAGUCAACGCGGAGAAGCCAGACUCGGACGCCGACUGGGCACUGGUGGCGCUGCGGGGGUCCCGGGGGGCUCCUGGACCUCCUACCCCAGGCCCCUCCAAAGCAACUGGGGUAAACCAGACACCCUGUGAGGCCAGCGCAGCUGCUGGACACGGUCCCCGGCGCCGCUCCAACCAGAUCGCGACCGCUAAGCCCCUCCUUUCAAGAAACUCUGGGGCCGCCCCUGGAAGUGGCGGGGCGAAGGGACCGGAGGAGGGACCGGAGGAGCGAGGCGCGCGGCGCAGCGAUGGAGCCGGACAGCGCGGGCGCGGAGGCCGGCAUGGAGGGCGCGGGAGGUGACCCGUACCGGCGACCUGCGCGGCGCACGCAGUGGCUGCUGAGCGCCCUGGCGCACCACUAUGGGCUGGACCGCGGCGUGGAGAACGAGAUCGUGGUGCUGGCCACCGGCCUGGACCAGUACCUGCAGGAGGUCUUCCACCACCUGGACUGCCGCGGCGCCGGCCGCCUGCCCCGCGCCGACUUCCGCGCCCUCUGCGCUGUGCUGGGGCUGCGCGCGGAGGGGGCCACUGCGGCCGGGGAGGCAGCCGUAGACGUGAACUCCAGAGCUGUGACCACCGGGGACGCGGCCGCUGAGUUGGCCACGGACAGGGACUCAGAUACCGACGAAGAGGCGCGCCUGGCUCUGCGCGCCGAGCCGCCGGAGCUCACCUUCCGCCAGUUCCACGCGCGCCUCUGCGGCUACUUCGGCACCCUUGCGGGGCCCCGGCUGCCCCGCGGCGCUCUCAGCGAGCACAUCGAGACGCAGAUCCGCCUGCGCCGUCCGCGCCGCCGCCGCCGCCCGCCCUGCGCGCCUGGCCCCGACAGCGGUCCUGACUGCGAGCGCGUUGCGCGGCUGGAGGAGGAGAAUAGCAGCUUGCGCGAGUUGGUGGAGGACCUGCGCGCUGCGCUGCAGAGCAGUGAUGCGCGCUGCCUAGCACUGCAGGUCGGGCUCUGGAAGAGCCAGGCGAGCACCCACGAGAUGGAGCGCGGCGGACCGGAGGCUGCGGUGCGGGAACUGCGGCAGGCACAAGGCGCGCUGGCUGCGGCGGAGGCCCGCGCUGGGCGGCUGCGCCGUGGCCAGGCCGAGGUGCGGCGGCGUGCGGAGGAGGCCCGGCAGGUGGUGCUGCGCAGCCUGCACCGCGUGCGAGAGCUGGAGGCGCUGGCGCGACAGGUGCCCGGCUUGCAGCGCUGGGUGCGGCGGCUGGAGACGGAGCUGCAACGCUACAGGUCAGAGGACUCCCAGCUCCCAACACCACAGUUAGCCAGCCCAGAGCCAGGAGACAAGAGUAAUGAACCUGAAGAUGCUGGGACCAGAGACCCAGACCCCACUCCAGAGGGAGCCUGGCAGUCAGACAGCAGCUCCGGAAGCAGAGCCCUGGAUGAAGCAGUGGACGAGCAGCUGUUCCGAUCCGUGGAGGGCCAGGCCGCCUCGGAUGAGGAGGAGGAGGAGGAGAAGUGGCGGGAGGAGCAGAAGACGCCGGCAGCCGAGGCCAAGACACUGCUGGCCCGGCUCUCCAGCUGUGGAGGCAGGUGUGAUGACCAGACGGCGAAGAAGCUCAUGACUUACUUUGGUCACUUCGGCGGUGCCGACCAUGCCUGCACCCUGGGGGAGUUAGAGGCCUGCGUUGCCAUGCUGGUGGAGCAGCUGAGGACUCAGGGCUGCGGUGGGAGGACCCUGGGGACCUCUGGGGAGGAGGCAGAGUUGCAGCAGAAGGUGGAAGAGAAUGAGCACCUGAGGCUGGAGCUGCAGAUGGUGGAGACUGAGAGGGUGCGGCUGUCCCUGCUGGAGGAGAAGCUGGUGGACGUGCUGCAGCUCCUGCAGAGGCUCCGGGACCUGAACAUAUCGAAAAGAGCCCUGGGGAAGAUUUUGCUGAGCACGCUGGACGCUUUCAGGGACCCCACCCACGUGGGGAGGCCCAGCCCCGCAGCCAUCCUGGAUGCCCUGCACCAAGCCUUGGCUGCCUGCCAGCUGUUGAGGAGACAGCCCUCCGCACCAGCCUCUGCAGCAGCUGCGCUCACCAACCCCCUCCUCGUCUCCUGCUGAGGUUACUGGCCCAGCCUGUGGGCACCCUGCUCAGCCUGACUGCCUUUGGACCAGCCUCCAUGAUCAGCCCAACCACUGACAGCUGGUCUGACCACCGUCACAUCAUCAGAACUUGAGUCUCUGCUGGCUGCUUCCAAGGUUGAGCCCAAGCCCAGAGCCUCCCACUGCAGCGCCUGGAAGCCACCCCUUCCUUGGGCUCCUCCACAUUCCCUCGCAGCCCCUGCAUUCCUGCCACCAGAGUCCACAUUAAAGCCCUGCAGUUGCUGGAUCAGCCUGCACCUGAUGCUGUAUCUUUCCCCUGCCCUCAGGGCAGAGGUGCCCACUUUCUAACUGAGUCUGACCCCGAAUCUCUUCCCCAGGGUUUCAGGAUCUCCUCCCCUCCCAGCACUGUCUCCUUCCUCCCACCCGCAUGCCUCCUGCAAGGGAGACUGGGCCCAACCUUUGGGAUACCUGUUCUGUAGGAAAGCACUCCACACCCCAGGAAAUGUUGAUGACUAGGAAAGGCUGCGGGAAUUCCAAGGAAGGAAUAAUCACUGUAGGCUCCCUGGUGGAAGCUGGCCUUGAACCAGCUCUAGAAGACAGGUAGGAUUUAGGCAAAAGAGGAGGGAAGGGCAUAGAAUCUAAGGUAACGGCAAGAGCAAAGGUGUGGAACCAGCAGGGAGCCUCAGGAAUGCAGUGCUUGGAGCCCUUGCUCCUGAACACACACUAACUCCUGAACUGUGAGCCCCUGCUCCCGAACUGCGUCAUGGGGUUGCAGGAAGGAGUGGCCAAGAUGCCCGGUAUCACCUAGCUUAAACUGUCAUGAGAGAGAAAGAGCCAUUGCCAAACAGUGCUAAAUGGAGGUAAAAUUAAGUGUUGUAAGAGCCCAA